AUGAUGGAGGGCGCGGCCCGGAACUACGACAAGUACGACAAGAACAAGGACGGCCUCGACAUCGACGAGUGCCUCGCGCUCCUCAACGGCGACGAGCUGAAGAAGACCCUCGAGAACAUGGGCAUCGAGCACCGCGUGCGGACGAAGGAGGACAUCGAGGGCAAGUUCGGGGACGCCGACGCGGACGGCAACGGGCGGCUGUCGCGCACCGAGUUCAUGUCGCUGUACGCCGGCCUGGUGCGGGAGCGCGUGUCCGCGGACCCGCGGCUCGUCGCGCUCGCGCUGUGCUCGGCCCUGGACACCAACGGCGACGGCGCGCUGGACGGGAGGGAGCUGCGCAAGGUGCUGAAGCUGGUGGUGCCGAUGAUGCCCGUCGCGGGGUGGAUGGUGCCGCCGGGCGCGCGCGUGGAGUACCGCAAGGUCUUCGGCGACGUGAAGGACGACGAAAAGUGA